AUGCAUUAUAACGUAAUAUAAUAUAACGUGAUAUGUUAUAAAGCAAUAUAAUAGAACAAGAUAUAAUAUAACAAAGAGCAAGAGAGAAAUCUACAUGGUUGUAUAUACAAAUCUGGAUACUCCGGCAGUGAGAAUAAUGUUUUUAUUGACCGAAUGAUGUUAGUCAAUUUAUUCAAAAUAAAUCGCUUCAAUCGAGAAGUUAGGAUUCGUUGUGCAUCGUGUAAUGAUAGCCCGAAGCCGAUUGUUUCUGUAUCUUUUUAAUUUAAUUCGUCGAAGAACGCUUUAGGUGUUGUCAAAUGAGUAACACAUACCGACGAAUUGAUAGAACAACUGGAUUGUGGUGGUCAAUGGAUAUUAUUAAUACUUAUCAUAUCUUUUUGUUAAGCCGUAAUAUAGUUCAUGUUUAUAGAACGCGAAAACAUGGAUGGAAUUCAGCAAUCUCGUAAGUCCGUUCUUUAGUGAAAUUAUUUAUGGUGAUAGCUAUGUAAUCCAAAGUGCGCUCGGAAGAACUAUGAGAAGACUAUUAUAAGCGAGUUUUAAGGGAAUAUAAUCUACUAUUGAUAUGAACGUAUCCCGAUUUAUCCGGGACUUCGCGUUUAUUCAAGGAUGGCAGAAAACGCGUAAAAUAGUUGGUUCCGUUCGCCCAUGUUAACGAUUCUACGAAGAACGUCCGAAAAUAAAUCGCAAGCAUUGAGACCUGCUAGCCGACGACAUUGUAACAUCAACCACAUCUCAAUCCACAUCAGAGACCAGGCCACAUAUCGACGGCAAGAUAGCGAUCAGAUGUCUACACAUCCUCGGAUCCAUCAGGUUCAAGUAAACGGAACCACUCAUUUUACGAUCAACCUUGAAGAUUGAGGAUCAACGGACCACUGCAACAGGGCAAACACUUUUGACGUUUCGACAAAGGAACAUCGCAACGGAACCUUUCCUACGGGCUAAACGAUCAAGGUGAGCAAACUCUGGAUUCUUUUACCAAAUACAGGACGAGAAAAGGCAGCUUCUCUAGCGAUUCAAGCACAGAUAGCACAAAUAGUACAAUCAGUAUAGUAAUGGCAACGCCACGAAAGGAUACAAUCGAGACUGUUGGCGCCGCUUUAACUAGUAGUGAGAUAGACCCAACAAUUAGGGCUAUAUUAGACGCGAUGCAGAAACAACACGAAGCUCUUAGUCAACAAAUUAGUAUACUCACACGACGUAUUGACGAAAUUCAACGCGCAAACGAAGAAAACAAGAAACUCGUAGCAGAGAUCGCACUAGUAGGGGAAAGUUUAGCAAGAAUACAUAUGGAAAAUGUAUCAGAAACCAGUUCCCUAAUAACCUCAGACGAAACAACCCACACCGCUAGAGACCAAUUGGCCCUUCGAGGACUUCCUCCAAUACCUCAGAUACCACCUCAGCUAUCCGAAGACAGAGCUUUCACUCAACGUUUUGCACAACCAGAGCUUAAAGCUAAAGACGCACUAAGAUGUAUCCCACAACUUAACGGCGAAGACGAUAUAGGAGUAGAAGAAUUUAUUAAAGAAGUCGGAGAGAUGAGGGCAAUGUGUAGUGAACAAUAUUUACUAUUGAAAAUGAUUAAGAUUGAUAAAAUUUCGGGGAAAGCAGCUAUGGCAAUACGUAAUAUACGUAUCUCAGAAUACGCAGAUUUAUAUCAAGCAUUACGGCAGAACGUAGCAACUGAAACUUCGAUUCGUGAACACCAAGACCAAUUACGAAAAAUUAGACAAGGAUUUAACGAAAGCGUACAAAGCUACAUUAUUCGCUUUAGGAAACCAUUCAGCGAACUACAAUAUAGUAUUGCUAACGAAUACCCAGACGAAAUAACCAGACGUGCCAUGAGCGACAUAAUUCAAAAAGAUUCAGUAACAGAUUUUAUUCAAGGAUUAAAAACAGAAAUAGGACUAGUUCUAGUUGCCAAUCCGCCGUGCAACGUUAUUGAAGCCGAGAAACGCGCCGCCGAAAUCGAAAGAUAUUUUCGUGAACGGAGAACGCGCAAGCAACACUGA